AUGACCCAGGCAUGUGAUAGUCAAAUCCAAUCAGCAGAGAGUAACGACUCACCAGACGCCGGUUCAAACCAACAAUCUAGCGAUGCUGGAAGUCAGCCAGUAGAGAAUAACGGAUCACCAGAUACCGGUUUGCAGGGUAACACCAGUGAUGUGUUGACUCCUUCGCCUCCAAAGUCAAAACCAAUGGCUCCUCAUGCCGCUACUCCUCGUCUUGGUUAA